AUGCGAGUUCUCGGCGAGAUCGCGGAGUCACCUUUCUUGUUGCCACGGCUAAGCCCUAAUUCGACGGAUGCCGGAUAUGGAGGCGGCACCGGAGGGUUUAUCGGAGGAUGGGUCGGAAAGUGCCAUGGGUUUCUGCAUAACACGGUUCUGGUUUUAGCAUCAAUUCUAUUCGUCGCUUACUUAGCGUACGAGGCGAAGAAGAGCUGUUCAAAGCUGUCGAAUCGGAGAUCUUACAUUAUGAUUGCUUAUUACGGUUGUCUUUGGCUUGUUAGCUUGCUCAAUCUUGCUUGGUGUUGCCUUCAGGCAUGGGAAUGUACUCCUGGGAAAGAAGUAAUUUGGAAUCUAUUAACUUUGUUCACAACAUCUGGAACGUUGUUUCUGGAAGUAAGCUUGGUAGCCUUUCUAUUCCAAGGAAACUAUGCAAGUGGCGCUGAAGCAUUAACACGAACUUUCCUCAUCUCGGGGCUUGUUAUAGGUCUUGAUUUCCUUCUCAAGGCAAUUUAUCUCUUUGGAUUUGGAGUACCAUUGUUUAUCGACGACAAUGAACACAUACAAAAGGUCAAAUGGGGGUUAUGGGUCAUCCACAAGCUCUUGCUUGCGGGCAUUUAUGGGAUGAUAUUCUUCAUGUACAACUCUAAGUUGAGAGAAAGAUUACCCGCAAGACCUGCAUUCUACAAGUACAUAACUGUCAUGCUCGCCUUAAAUGGACUCUCCCUAUUUGCAUGUGCUCUUGCAGCAAACGGCGCUCAUUUUGGAUUAUGGUUGUAUGGGAUCACAAGUGUUUGUUACCACGCCUUCUAUCUUCCUCUUUUGUAUGUUACUUUUCUUGCAGACUUCUUCCAGGAGGAAGAUCUGAACUUGGAGAAUGUCUACUAUUCAGAGAUGAAGGAUGCUGGAUUCUUCGACUCCGAUUGGGAAUAA